GCGAAGUCACGUGACCGGACCACCUCGCCGCAUUAAGGGGCGACUUCCACCUCGGUGGCCGAAGUGUCUCCCCGCCGCCCCCUCCUGCGGUACGCGGGGAAAGAGACAGCAGUAACAACAGAGACACCGGGAACGCCGGGAGAAGCGAAAAAGAUCGUGGAAAUUUCGGUUCUGGUGACUGGAGACGCGACCGUCUCUUUCUAUAGUACCGUCCCCCGCCUUUCCUACAUCACCUUCCCGGCCAACCGAGUAUCCUCCACUCCGUCGGACUUCCCCACCUUCCCGCUAUCUCCAUCUCCUCCCUCUCCUCCGUCACUUAGCAAGUAUACCGCAAUCGGUGACUGCUUGGCCUACCCUAGCCUGCCGCUUGCUCGCUGGGUUUUGGCCGAUCGGCAGCCGCGAUUCGGUACGGCGGUUCUCCGUCGAUCGGUUGGACUAUCGAUCAAAUCGUCGCGCGGCUACCAGUGUGAUACCAGUGAUCUGUGCUCGGUGACUUCUUCUCAGAUCGCUCGGUCCGAUCUGAAUUUGGUUUUACGCGUCCGUAGUGUGAAGCGGCGUGUCAAGUAUUGUGAAUUCGUUUGAAAACAUGCAACUUACACGGUGAUGCACAGUAGUGAGCAGUGAAUCGAGCAGUUUUCAUCCUCGGUAUGUUUGUUUGACGUGAAAUCACGCGUGGCGUAAGUAAUAGGCGUUUCCAUCGAGGGAAAGGAGAAGAACAUAUUCCGUCUUGCUGAAAUGACACACGCGCACUUACGUGACAAUAUACGCGAAGGAGCGUGUCAACGGAUUUAUACUUUCUUCCAAGGUAAAUAUUGACUCGACAAGUUUUCACGAUUGAUAACGGUGCGGCACUAACUUCGGAAUUUUUACCGAGUGAAUUCAGUGAAUAAUGUGUCCCACGAAGCCCACCGUACAUUGUGAGGAAUUAUCGGACGUUAAAGAAGGUUUCGCCCGUCUCUUGUAGCCGCGUUUUCAAAUACUUGGCUCAAUUGUCUUCGCGCGAAAGAAGUCGGCGCGUAUCGUUCCAUGCGCGGUAAGCAACAAGCGUUGAUAAGCAGCAAGCAACGCGCCGAGGAAGAGCCGCGGCGGCCGCAGCUGUCCGGCGAUCCGCGGCUGGGUAAUCAUCUUGAGAAUUUGAUUCACGCGGGCAAAGAUCUAUCGAGCGUGAAGACGAGGCCGACGACACCCGUCCUGGCGAACGACGGAGGGGGCGGCUUCUGGCUGGCCACGGUGGCCGCGGGGGCAGGUACCCCGGCCGGGCUGCCCCCGCACGGGACUCAUCACCCAGCCAUGGAGCCAACGUGCGGAUCCGCCGAAACCGGCUUUAUCAACAGUCAACCCUCCAUGGCUGAAUUCAUGACGGCGUUACCACAAUUAGCCGGAGACAGCAACAUGCAACACUCGCCGGGUACCGGCGGCUCCAUCAGUCCCGGUACUCACCAUCCCGCGUAUCAUACCAUGAUGGAUCCCCACGGUGUCGCUGACCCUUCGGGUGUCAAUGUUCCUGAGUAUCCUUGGAUGAAGGAGAAGAAGACCACUAGGAAAAGUAACCAGCAAGAAAACGGCCUACCAAGGAGAUUGCGAACCGCCUAUACGAAUACGCAACUCCUUGAGUUAGAAAAGGAGUUCCAUUUCAACAAGUAUCUUUGUCGACCACGGAGAAUAGAGAUCGCUGCUUCGUUGGAUCUCACAGAGAGACAGGUGAAGGUCUGGUUUCAAAAUCGACGAAUGAAACACAAACGGCAAACGCUAAGCAAGGAAGACGGCGACGAGAAGGACGGCUCCACUUCGGACGGUAUGGAGAAAUCCAAGAGCGAUAAGAUGUUGUCCAUCGAUAACGACGAGAAGAAGAGCUGUCAUAACUGUGAUAUUUCGGGCGUAGGCGACGUCGGGAGCACCCUCACCGGCGACGUCACGGACCUAGGUUCCUCCGGCCGGAGAAGCAGCAAUAACAACAACACGCCCGGCGCGACCAACAACAACAACAACACCAGCAACAACAACAAUAACAACAACAGUAAUCCCGGCUUCAACACGAACAGCAACGGCGCAAGUAGCGUCGGCAGCACGAACAGCGUGACCAGUUCGUUCGAGAAGAUGAUAGUGGACGACGACUCGAGAUCGCAGGACGGCAGCGAGGUGACGUCGCCGAGCGUGACGAAGAAAUUGUCGAGCGAGGUGAGAGUGAAAGUCGAGAGCGGCCACAAAAGUCCGAACAGCGCGAAGCAGCAGCAGCAAAUUUCCGUGAGCAAGAGGUCACCAUCGGCCAACACGAAGGACAUGUGCUCGGUGAACAGCAACGGCGUCCUGCUGGCUAUGCCGGACUCGACGGUCAGCACGCCGGUUCUGCCCGGUCAGAAUUCCACGAGAAGCCUGACGCCCUCCUCGACGCCGGGGACACCGGUUCAGCUGCAGCAGGGCAGCCCGCUCCAGCAAGCGACUCACACGGCCUACAUGCAGAGACCGCGAAGCUCGCCGUCCUCCACGACCUCGUUGCCCUCGGGCCCGAUGCUGCACGCGAACCCGGACACGAUGUCGCCUCACGGCGGCCGUAACAUCUCGAGCAAUCAGCAGCACUUCCAGCAGCAGCAGCAGCAGGGCGUCUAUCAGGCCGCGCCGGCGCUCGAUUACCGAAACGGCCUGUCCGCCAGCAGGCAAAGCGUGCCGAGCCAACAGACUCAGAUGCAGAGCGGUUACUGUUCCAGAGACACGUACCAGCAAGCAAGGAUCUCGUAUCCGGCCGAGGUGCAUCCCCUGUACGUCAGACAGAACCAAGCGGUGGGAUCGAGGAUGGCGCACCACGUCCGAACGGCGGCGGCGGGCACGUCGAGGUCGAUGUACGGCGGCAACAGCAUGCAGUUCCAGCAGCAGCAGUACGCCGGCACCGCCGGGGAGUACAACGGAUACCCGGCCCAGGCGGCCGGGCCGCCUUAUCACGCUUCUUAUCACAGAGCAUCGAUGCAAGGCGCCAACGCCUACGGCUCCGGUCAAGGGGGAUACUCCGCGGGCGCGCAGAACGAGCAGAGCACCGACGGCUACAUGGCGCCCGGGAAUUACGGCUACUCGACCGGCGGCGGCGGCUAUCACGGGGCCGGUGAGAAUCUGCACACGGCGCACGCCGCCGUGUCCGCCCAGCAUUAUUACAACGACAUCCAGCAGCAGCAACAUUCCCAGCAGCAACACGCGGCCGAGGGCUACGUCACUCAUCAGCCGGGCAUGCAUUCCGGCGACUAUCGACCGGCUAACAAGUGUCACCCGAGCGCGUACUACGAGCAGACUACCGGUCAGCUGCACGUCCAUCAGGGCGGAGAGGCCUCCAGCAUCCCGAGCAGUUACGUCUCGUCGCCGGAUCCGUUCCCAGCGCCCGGGAUGACGACGACCGCUACGGCGAUCGCAGCUGCCACCGCGGCGGUGAUCACGCCACCCGGAAGCGCCGCCGGCCAGGCUGACAGCAACAACGAGUCCUACGGCAAUUACGGCAAUUUCUACGCCGGCGAGCCGGUGCACACCGCGCCGCCGCCGUCCGCCGACAACAGCAACAGCUCGUCCGACUUCAACUUCCUCAGCAAUCUGGCGAACGACUUCGCCCCCGAGUACUAUCAGCUCAGCUGAGUCCACGAGACCGAGAAUCCUUGCCAGCUGGACUGGGGCGACGAGCAGUGCCUGCUCAAUGCCUUGUACUGAGAGGAGUGUGUCUUCGUCCGUGACAGGACGACCGGGGUUAUCGAAGCCUGCCGGUUAGACGUGAAAUCCGACGAAAUUAUUUUCGGGGACGAGCGAUGUGAGAAGAUCGUGCGUGAUUUAGCAUAUUUGUACAUAAUAAAACCUGAAACGUUUGAACCUUUUCUCUCUCUCUCUGAUUUUAACAAAUGCAAGCAUAUCUCAAGUAAACCGGAUCACCAGAGAAAUUUUCGCCGACUGUUCUAAGUUGCAACGAUGUAAUUCCCUAAACUGUAAUUCCGUCGGUCAUUUCAUCCGGGCAAUAUCGACUUUAAAACGCCUCAUCUCGUCGGAGACGAGAAGCGCGUGAUCCCCGCUAUUUUGUAUUCCAAACGUUGAGGGAUAUUUCGUUGAAGUAUAUGAAGCAACGGUGACAACGAGUGCAAUGGUUGUGUUAAUGUGUAAAUUGGAACCACGAUGAUACGUAGAGUUCCUGUACCUUCGGAAUUUUCGCGAGGUGUUUCGCGAACGAACCUGCCGAACUUACCAUUUCGACGCGAAGCGCAUUGAUUCGCGGGAAGUGAACUUGUGAGUGAUAUUAGACUGAUAUGUACGAGCUGUGGUUGAAAAAAAUGUGCAUAAAUGUUGUAAAUAUAUCAAAGAUUCGCUGUUGUGUGACAUGGGAUUAUAAUGGGUAUAUCGAUUCAAUUGGAUUCUCGUGAAUGGAAACAUGAGGUGUAAGUGCAAUCUUGCUGCGAACAUUCUCUCUAACGUUUCGUUAAAACGUUUGUACAACGUAACUGUUACAAAUCAUCGGUGCAUGAUGUUUCUUUCAUUUCCGACGUAAUUUCAUUUAUUGUCGGGGCAUGUGUUCGAACGAGGCUUCUAGUUUUGCUUGAACAGAAACGGGAUAACAGGAAUCUUCAGUCUAAUUUUGAAGAAACUAUCGAAAUUAUUUGGUAUUAUUUGAGUCUACAAAAAUGUUGAGUUUCCACGUGACAAUUGAUUGCGCUCUGUGCAACGGGAUAACUUUCACAUAUGAUUUAAAUGGCGAAACGAAACGAAGCUGUAGAAUCAAUGAGCAAUAAUUAAUAAUGAAAUUGUGUACAUAUAUAUCAUACGUUAGAUUAACGGAGCACAAAUAAAUAGAAAAAGUCGCAUCUAUACACGAUUACUAUACUGAGUACACAACGUCUGAAGAAAUGAAAUAGGUACAAUCUGUUAGUUUUUAAUUAACACAAAAAAUAGAUCGCUCUCUUAUAUAAAAAAAGAAAGAAAAGAUCGUCCUCUCCUAUUAAAUAUAGAGUAUAGUGAAAAUUGGUCACCAUUGCGGGAGGAAAAUGGAACAGACGCACUUGUAAAAACAUUACCUACGCUGUCCGUUUUGUGAAAAAAUGAGUUCGAGAAAUCGAUCAAUGUGUGAUUCUGUAUUGUAUACAUACGAAUACAAACAUGUCACCUAAUGAUACCGAGUAUCGUUGAGCAAUACACAUCGAAUGGUAACCAGCACCCUCCAAAUGUGCGGAGUGUCGUCCGUCAGUAACGUCAUUUUUUCACAAACCGCGGUUUCUUUUCUAAUCUCUACUAGCGCUACUUUAAGCAAACCAAAUAAAUUAUUGUCGCUCUUUUAGCAAUAUAAAUGUAAACAUAAGUAGGGAUGUAACUUUAAUUUUCACCUCGCGGCAAUAUAUUUAAUACCCAGUCCUUUUUGUAUAAAACAUUUAGACGCCGUGUCAUUGUUCAUGUAAAGACUAUUUCAUGUACAUAAUACGUAUACGAUAACCGUAUAUUGUUUAUUCAUUCUAACUGUAUAAUUGUGUUGCAAGUGAGCCCUUGACACGAUAAACAAAGUUAUCACACGUGUACAUUCGUUCACCGACACAUUUGGCAAA